UGGCGGCGGCCAUUUUGUGGUGCUUCUUCCCUCCGCCGUUCGGGCUGCGCCGCCGGGAGCUGGAGAGGGGGCGAGACGGAGCGAGGGGAGCCGGGGCCCUCUCCCUCACCUUCCCUCCCGGCCCGCGCGCGGCCGAGCCCCCCCGCCCCAGCGCGGCGCCCGGCGGCGGCGGCGAGCGGCCCGGCGCACGCACCAUUAUGGAAGACGACGGGCAGCCCAGGACCCUCUAUGUAGGAAACCUCUCCAGAGAUGUGACUGAAGUACUUAUACUUCAGUUAUUCAGCCAGAUUGGACCAUGCAAAAGCUGUAAAAUGAUAACAGAGCAACCCGAUAGCAGAAGGGUCAACUCUUCUGUUGGAUUUUCUGUUUUGCAGCAUACAAGCAAUGACCCUUAUUGCUUUGUGGAAUUUUAUGAACACAGAGAUGCAGCUGCUGCAUUAGCUGCUAUGAAUGGGAGAAAAAUUUUGGGAAAGGAGGUCAAAGUAAACUGGGCGACAACACCAAGUAGCCAGAAAAAAGAUACAUCCAAUCACUUCCAUGUGUUCGUUGGGGAUUUAAGUCCAGAAAUAACAACAGAAGACAUCAAGUCAGCCUUUGCCCCUUUUGGUAAAAUAUCGGAUGCACGGGUAGUUAAAGACAUGGCAACUGGAAAGUCAAAAGGCUAUGGUUUUGUAUCUUUUUAUAACAAACUGGAUGCAGAAAAUGCUAUUGUACACAUGGGAGGCCAGUGGUUGGGAGGCCGUCAGAUCAGAACUAACUGGGCAACGAGGAAACCACCAGCUCCAAAAAGUACACAAGAAAAUAAUACAAAACAGUUGAGAUUUGAAGAUGUAGUAAAUCAGUCAAGUCCAAAAAAUUGUACUGUGUACUGUGGAGGAAUUGCCUCUGGACUAACAGAUCAACUUAUGAGACAGACUUUUUCACCAUUCGGCCAGAUUAUGGAAAUAAGAGUGUUUCCAGAAAAAGGUUACUCAUUUGUCAGAUUUUCAACCCAUGAAAGUGCAGCACAUGCUAUUGUUUCAGUUAAUGGAACCACAAUUGAAGGACAUGUUGUUAAAUGUUAUUGGGGUAAAGAAUCUCCUGAUAUGACUAAAAACUUUCAACAGGUGGACUACAGUCAGUGGGGGCAGUGGAGCCAAGUGUAUGGAAAUCCACAGCAGUAUGGGCAAUAUAUGGCUAACGGGUGGCAAGUAUCAUCAUAUGGAAUGUACGGCCAAGCAUGGAAUCAACAGGGUUUUGGAGUAGACCAAUCUCCAUCUGCGGCCUGGAUGGGUGGAUUUGGUGCUCAACCUGCCCAGGGACAAGGUGCUCCUGUAAUACCUAACCAAGCUGGAUAUGGUAUGGCAAGCUACCAAACGCAGUGAGCCGGGACUCUGUUUAAAAGUGUGUAUUUCAUGAUAGGCUGCAGUUUCCAGUGACACUCUGAAGACUGGAAUGUAGACAAUGAAAAAAAGAAAAUAUUUAUUUUAAAAAUGGAAAUGUUUGGAACCUUUAGCACAGCUUUGCUUUGGUGAAGGACACAAAUGUCUUCUAGUUCUGCCUUUUUAAGUUUUUGUUCAUGAUGGAUAUGAACAUGUUUUUCUUUGUGUACAAAAACUAAAAUAAAGUCAAUAAAGACAAUUCUGACUACAAAUUUUGAUAUAGUAGGAGAAAUGGCUAAUGAAUUUGAUCUUUAGGUUACCAUUCCAUUUUUUUUUUUUUUGGUUCUGUCUUCAGUGUUUUUUAUCACUGUGCUUUUUAAGAGACAUGACAUUGAAAAGAGCAAGUUGCUUUUAUUUGAACACACAUCCUGAAAUAAACUGUGGACCAAUCACUACAACCUGUUAGACAGUAUUGAGUUUCCAGGAAACCUAUGGGCAUCACUCGGAAAACAUAGGCAGGUCUUGGAGUAAUUUUUUUAAAAUAUAUAUUUAAUUUUUCUACCUGUUUAGAGAAAACAAAGUCUGGUACAAAUAAUAUUUUGGUCUGAAAUGAGAAACAGUACUGUCUGAGUUCAUGUAACUUCUACUGUCCACGUUCAGGCACAUACUAAAACAUUUCAAAGAUCAUUUGCUUGUUAAGACUAUAGUGAUUUGCAUUUAAUUUUGAGAAGCAAAACCGUUUUUGCAAGUAUGUUGUUUGUAUUCAGAUCAGACAGUCAUACUUGUGCUUUUACACAACGUUUGAAGGCUACACAUUGUAAAUAUUUCAUAAUUAGUGUUUCAAAAGCAUGCUCAAACAUAGAGGUAGCAAUGUAAUUAUUCAAAGUAAUACUUAAUAUACUCUGCCGCUGUGAAUGCGGCRGGUUGACGAGAAUGUGCAAGACUGACAUUUCCAAAGUUGGCUAUUAUGUAAAGUUACAUAAAAUUCUAUAACAAAGAGCCUUAAUUUUAAUUUCAUAAAUCUUUAAUGCAUCACCUUUUUGUCAUUAGAAAUAUGACUUUUUGCUUUACAUUGUUUGGUAUGUAAAUACCUUGGUUAACAACCUUGUAAACCUAUUUCAAGGUUAUUAUAAGUUGUAUAGUAUCUUGAUGUUUUGAAAAAUCUUGAUGUUUUUUAAGUCUAGAAAUAUUUUGCCCAAGAAUUUUUUAACAAGAUUGUUAAAAACAUCUUAUUUUAGAGAAUAUUCAAUGUGCCAUUUGGUAAAUGGAGAUGCAGUUGAAACAGUACACUGAGUUGUGACUUAUUUUUAAUUAAAAGUUUUGUCUUUAUGGGUGGUUUGCAUGAGAUGAACCUGUACAGAGGCUGGGUUGUUUGUGUACUGAGUGUGUAAAUGGGUAAAUCAUGAAGAUGUUUAAAUGGUAUACUGGGUUAUUUCUGAAUUAUUUUAUGGAUACAUUGAUAUAAACUGCCUCAAUAAAUUUGAAGUUGAAAAUGAAUGUAAGUUAGAUAUAAGUACUGUGUUUGACCCGUGACAGCUAGGGGGUGCAGAUGGGUCAGCGCUUGCUGAGCUCCUGAGGCAGCAACAACUGACAAAUACAGGAUUUUGCAGUGGUAGUGCAAGGAAGCAAAGGGGCAUUUAAAAACAAGUGGGAUGUUAGAUUUUAGAGAUGACAGUUCCAGAAGAGUGUUGGAGAAGCUGUGUGUUGUGUCUUUGUUUCUUAUGCAGGUGUUGCAAAUUAGAACCGGAUUAUGAAAUGGAAACUUGCAGUUUUGUCAAACCCAGCCAAGCUGUGCAGAUGACUACACUUAAUGCUGCAGCAGAUCUCUGGAGUUUUCAUUCUAUUAGAUGUGUUCAGUAGCACCUUCCCUUUCAGAUCAGGGUUGAAAGUGUGUGAUGCUCUGAAAGAGAAGUUUGAGAGAGCUGGUUACAAGAGGUACUUGGGUCUUUGGGCUGCUCGUGCUUGCAGUGAUGCCUGGAGUUAGUGUGGAGCCAUACGUGCUAGUGAUGACAGAGUUGGCCCUUUAGCUCUGUUUCUUCUUUCUGCUGUACUUAGUGGUUUUCAACUCAAGUUAGGAGUCUUGUCUGCAGGACUCACGGUUUUCUAUAAAAUUUGUAUAUAUGUGUAUAUCUCUGCGAGGAUCGGCUUAUACAUUGUAGUUUGAAAAAAAAUUUCACAAGUCUGCAUUUUUAUUACACUUAACCUGAUUUUAAAAAAGAAUCACAAGUCAUUAGAUCUGUGAAUUUGCAGGUUAGUUUAGGAUUUCUUUAACUUCACGUGAAAUCUGGAGUUUCUGUGUGUGAAUCCAGGUGUUUGGUGUACGAGCACUGCGUUCCGCAUGCAUGUCGUGGUACAGGCAGGAUGUUCUUCUGGCACGGCUGGAGAUGUUGGUAGUGCAAGUCAGCUGCCACAUAAAUGCCCAGGUGAAUGGUGCAGGACUAAGGCAGUGAUCUUUCAAGAUCUUAACGUAGAGAUCACUUUAAAUCUGAUUAAAUAAUUUGCCUGCUGCAGAGGUGGGCCUUACCUGCCCUGCAUUAGAGGAUGAGAGAUAGGAUAUGCUUUCUGUACUUCCUCAGUGAAGGAUUUCUUGUUGGCUUUUAUACAGUUCUUCCUUACGGUGAUAUUCUUCCCAGACUACUCAAGAUACAGGGGUCUCCGGUGUCUUGAAACGUUUGCUGUAGCACUUGGAUUACUUUCCACUAGCUAGCAUUUGUAAAUGCGUUGCUGGCAAUUUUUGGCACCAAAGAGCCUCUUGCACCAUACUGCUUAGUGAAUGACUGUUACACUGUUGUAAUUCCUCUAACUACAGAAAGCUGCCGCUUCCUGGCCCCUUACCCCAAGGAUUUGGACUUCAAAAACCAUUGAUUUCUCAUGGCUUAAGCUGGUGGGUGCGACCCGAAGCAAGGUACAACCUGCACUCGCAGAGAGCGUCCAAUAAAAGUGAAUCGUGAUAAAGGGCUUAUCCUCUGUUGUCAUCUGUUGAAGCACUGUUCCUCUUUGCUGUAAAAAUGAUAACAGGUGUACAAGGCUGAUCUUGUAAACUAUGCACUUGCAAUCAUGUAAAAGAUGUUUUA